UUUUCCGUGCAUUACUGCGAAAUGUGUCCACCUAAAAACCCGGUUCUCUCUCCCCGCGUUUCUCUCUCUAGAAUCUAGAUUCUCCCAAUCAAUUCAGACAUAUUCUCUCUCUCUCUCUCUCUCUCUCUCUCUAUAGGGUUUGGAGAAUCCGAUCGAGUCCAGUCGAGUCCAGUCCAUUGCUCACUUAAGCUCCGUUCACUGCUCCAUCUCCUCUCCCCGAUCUAUUACCCUCACUCUCUCCAUUGUAAGUCUAGUGUUUCCAAAACUAUCCACUUUUCUUCACUUCACGCAGCACACUUCAGUACGUACAUCUAUACAAAUAUUUGUAUAGUAGUUGGUAGGAGUAUAAUAUAUUGACUCACAUUUGUUUUUUCAGUUAGUGUUUGUAUAGAAGUUGGUAGGAGUAUUAUAUAUUAAUUCGCUGUACUGAGCUGUGAAUUAGGUAGAUAAGUAUUAGAUCAGCUGGUGGAAUUGUUUCAAGGGCUUUGCUUUCAUUGGAUUUGGGGAAUUAGGGUUUUGGAAAAUGUCGAAACGUAGAGUAGGAUGAAAUGAGCCAGAUCAGAGUUUCGAGGAUGAAGCCGAAGCCGCCUCUCGUUCCGCUCGGGACCCUAAUCGGUCGCGAGCUCAGGACCGAGAAGGUCGAGAACCCCACGAUUAAGUAUGGGCAGGCGGCUCUUGCGAAGAAAGGGGAGGAUUACUUCCUGAUCAAACCCGAUUGCCAGAGGAUUUCAGGCAACCCAUCAACAUCAUUUUCGGUUUUCGCGAUUUUUGAUGGUCAUAAUGGAAUAUCAGCUGCUAUAUUUGCAAAGGAGAAUCUAUUGAACAACGUUCUAAGUGCAAUUCCUCAAGGCAUCUGUAGGGAUGAGUGGCUUCAAGCCCUUCCUCGGGCAUUAGUGGCAGGGUUUGUGAGAACUGACAUAGAGUUUCAGCAGAAAGGGGAGACAUCUGGGACUACAGUUACCUUUGUUGUGAUUGAUGGGUGGACUGUGACUGUUGCAUCUGUCGGGGAUUCACGAUGCAUAUUGGACACCCAGGGGGGUGUGGUUUCUCUGUUGACUGUUGACCAUAGGCUGGAGGAGAAUGUGGAAGAGAGAGAACGUGUCACUGCAAGUGGGGGUGAAGUAGGAAGGCUCAAUGUUUUUGGUGGCAAUGCGGUUGGUCCACUCCGAUGUUGGCCUGGAGGAUUGUGCCUUUCUAGGUCAAUAGGUGACACGGACGUGGGGGAGUUCAUUGUUCCUAUACCUCAUGUUAAGCAAGUCAAGCUUUCAAACGCUGGAGGAAGACUUAUAAUUGCAUCAGAUGGUAUUUGGGAUGCACUAUCAUCUGAUAUGGCAGCACAGUCUUGCCGAGGUUUACCUGCUGAACUUGCUGCAAAGCUGGUUGUUAAGGAGGCUCUCAGGUCAAGAGGCCUGAAGGAUGAUACAACUUGCCUCGUUGUUGAUAUAAUUCCCUUUGACCAUCCUAUCUUGCCUCCAACUCCCAAGAAGAAACAAAAUCUUUUCAGUUCUCUUAUAUUUGGAAAGAGGUCUCGAACUUGUUUGAGCAAAUCAACGAAUAAGCUUUCUACUGUCGGAGUUGUGGAGGAAUUAUUCGAGGAGGGUUCUGCGAUGCUUACGGAAAGGUUGGGUAAGGAUUUUCCUUUGAACUCGAACUCUAGGCUUCUCAGGUGUGCAGUUUGCCAAGCAGAUCAAACACCGAGCGAUGGUUUAUCUCUUAACUCCGGGCCCUACUUCUCACCUGCAUCGAAGCCAUGGGAAGGCCCUUUUCUCUGCUCAAACUGUCGUAAAAAGAAAGAUGCCAUGGAAGGAAAGAGGCCUAGUAGACCCGAGAGCGAAACAACUUACGAGAUAGAAACCCUUAUCAAAGGCCUAAUAGACCCACAGUAACUGCACUAUCUGGCAAACCAGUAAAUAUUAUAUAUAUAUUCUUUUUAUGUGGCAAUGUGAGCAUUCUUGUUUCCGUUUGCGGUGGUAAUUGUCAUAGAUGUGUGUAUGAAGUGUAGCAGAGAUACAUAAGAUUAGGUGUUUUGCAGAUUGGUCAAAGUUUGUGUUGAUUUUGGCUUGUGCUCUCGGCUGUUUGACUGACAGACAGAUAACAAACAUGCUAUCUGGUGCGUGUUAUUGUGGUAGUUUAAUUGCUAACAGUUUGAAUAUGUAAUUAAAGUGAUUGUUCUAUGAUAUCAUCUGCGAUAUCAACAUGUUCA